CUAACACGUUCACAGCGAAUUGCAAAGUUUAAUUUGUGCAAAUCUAAAUCACGCUUGUCAAAAAUGGGUCACCGCUUUAAAAGAGGAGAGCAGAGUCAGCUGAAAGAGGGCGACUUUGUGUUCGCCAAAGUACGUGGCUAUCGUCCUUGGCCAGCGCGUAUUAUGUACAAGGACAACCGGAGCACGUACCACGUGUUCUUCUACGGCACCAGCAACACUGCCAGAGUGGGCAUCUAUCAGCUCUACGAGUACGAGAAGCACAAGGCACGCUUGGGCGAUGUGAAGCGCAGAACAAGCAGUGCCUUCAAGAGCGGCAUGCUGCAUAUUGAGAACUCGCAGCAUCAACGCAAGCUCGAUCAUGGCUACUUAAAGGCAAAAUCCGAAUACAUGGCGGCUAGAAAGAGGCAGCGGCAGCAGGAAGAAUCAAACUCCGAGAACACUUCAUCAGCAUUGGACAAGAUCGAGGUGCCCUUCGUGCACAUCACCGGCGACACCGACAGCGAAUGAUCAGUUACUAUACACCGAGCAUUUUUAGCAUUAAGUCAAAAGUCAUCGCAUUAAAUGUAUAUUAUUGUUUCUUUCGACCUUUGACUUUCAUUUUAAUUCGAAUAUCCUUUAUCAGUUUAAACUCAGUGGAUAAAUUAUGCUC